ACUCUUUAAUUUCCACAAAGUGUGACUUUAAUAUUCGGGAUUUAAUUUAUGUUUUAAUUUUCGGUACAUUUGUGAAUGUGCUUUGGAUCAAAGUAGCAACUUGGAACUUUAUCAAGUUUGAUUUAGCAUUCAGGCUAUCGAUUCUUUCAGUGUUUUAAUUCAUCAGCAUAUAAAGCUCUUCGAGACUAUAAUAUAAAAUGAGGUCCACUUUCUUCUUUUUGUUCUUCAUCGGGAGUGCCCUAUCCCACAGGCUUCGCAGCAACGUUCUUGCUCCUAGCCUCUACACCUCCUUUUCCCAAAAGACAUACGUAGAUCGUAUCUCAAAGAUCAUUAGAAACGACCUGGACUCCAAGGUUGACGAAAUAGUUGACAUUUUGGCUAGUGACUUGGAGAAGGAGUUGGGAAAGAAUGGUCUGUUGGCUGCUUCUUAUCUUGAGACUGUCAGUGGCAACGGCUGGGCCAAGCAGGCUAAAGUUAUUGUCAAGAAGACCCUCCUUAGCAUCAUUAAGCGCAUGAUUCCUCUCUUUGAUAUGUGGAUCCACGAUGCCGUUCAGCCUCCAGUUGUUGACAGAUUGGUCUACAAGCUCCUCGUACACCCACUUGGCUUCGGAAUCUCAGAAGAGCUCCGCAACAAGCUUCAUAUCACCACAGAGAACCCAUGGAAGGAGGACGCUAUUGAUGAUGACGAUGAUGAUUUUGACACCCUUGGAGCAGAUGAAGAUGAGGAAGAUGAGGAUUUGGACUUUUCCUAGAUUUAAUGAAUGUAGUGUAGGCUCCAAUGACCUAAUCGGUCAGGUGCCAUUGGGCACUGCUGUGCUUUAAUUGUUUCUCUUAU